GGCCUGGCGACUCGAUUCGGCGACCGUGGCUGGACAGAGCUCGGUUGGAACUCGCGUGCAGAAGGGGGCGGGUGCCGAGGGCCCAAUUGCGCAGGGGAAGCUGAAGGCGCCGGGCUGGAGCUUUCCACCGCCUUCUGCCCCAGCUCUGAGCGGGGCCGCUAGGGUUGGCAUCGUUCCUCUGGCCAAGGAGAAGGUGGACGCCGAACGCGGCCGCAGCGCUUUUCUCUAAUGCAAGUAUUAAACCUAGGCAAACGGGCUUCACCGCAGAAGACAGGAGAGAAGGGCGAAUGUUUCAGGGAGCUUCGCUCGCACUCCACAUUCAGAGCAGACUGGAGGUAGUUGCUACCCAGCUUCAUCUGUCACACGGUUUGGCACCCAAUCCUGGAGUACAGGCGGGCGGGAAAAGUUUGGAAGGAAAGUUGGAGAGGAUGAAUGGAAGACAAUUUGGGAAAACUUAGUUGGUAUUCACUAUCUCUGCACUCCCUCCGUGAGAUCUUAACCUUCUGCUUUUUCUCUUCCUCUCAGUUUCAGCCAUGUGCUAUGAGUCACGUCACAUUUUUUCUUAGUUGCAGACCGAUGGAUUGCCUGUAUCUCAACUAACAGUAUUGAAGCUGUAAGAUCAAGUUAGUUCCUAUUGUAUCUUCUUGGCGAUACAUCUGUAUUAUUGACCAAUAUCCUAGAUUUCUCCCAAUUACAAAUACUGAUAAAUUAACAGAUCUACUACAAAUGGAAACCCUGGUGGCGUAGUGGUUAAGAGCUACUUCCGCUAACCAAAAGGUCGGCAGUUUGAAUCCACCAGGCUGCUUGGAAACUCUAUGGGGCAGUUCUACUCUGUUAUAUAGGGUCUCUGUGAGUCAGAAUCGACUAUGCAAGAGGUCUUAAGCAUUUCCACAUAAAAGUAAAGAAGCUAUAACUUUUCUAUACAGUAGGUGUGUAAACAGGGAACCAGUUUUUUCUAGUUGUGGAGCUACAUGGUUCUCUUGAUUCUGUUGAUAGUAUUUCUAGAAGGUAUUAUAGUAGUCUUUACUCUGUGCUAAACGCUGUACCAAGUACUUUAUAAAUCUAAAUGCAUUUAACAUUCAUAAUAACUUAAAUAGGGAAGUCUCAUGUUACACUACACUGUUCUUUCUCUUGAUGUUGUCUGAGACGUUUUUCCGUAAUAUAAUUUGAUACAGUCAUGACGUGAAUGGUAUUGAUCUGAAUGGAGGUCACACGAGUUGCCAAAGGCCAUGUUCUCAGAUUCACCUUAGUUUUUCAUUACCCAUAAUUCACAAAAUUAGUUCGUUUUUAAUAAUUCAUAAAUGUUAAUGAAGAGUAUUAUCUUUGAAUUAUGAAUUGUUUUUCUUUUCUUGACAUUUACAUUGGAAGACUAGAAGAAUUGCAUAAUAUUCAUUCAUUCAGUGAAGAGUUUUGAGCCACUGCUAUUCAUGCUGGCAUGAGUUUACAAGCAUAAGAUGCAACUCUUAUCCUAAAAGAGCUAAUGGUAAAGUAGCUAGUCAUUUAAACAAACAAUUGUACCUCGUGCAAUGGGUGAAUAGAUUUACUUAUUCCAGUGAUUCCAAGCUUGGCUGCACAUUGAAAUCACCUGGGAUGCUUUAGAAACCACUGAUGCCUGUACCUUAUACCCAGAGAUUUUGAUUUAAUUGGUCUGGGUUAUGGCUUGGGCAUCCUGAUCCUUAAACACUCCCCAGAUUAUUCCAGUGUACAACUAAAGUUAAAAGUUACUGAUUUAAUUCAUUCAGCAAAUAAUUUCUUGAGAGAGGCUUUCUUUGUGCUACAUACUAAAACUGUAACAAUGAAUAAGAAAUUUUCCUUGCUAAAGUCACAAAUGACCUAAUUGCCAUUGGACACUUUUAGUCUUUACCUUGCCUAACUUUUCUGUGAUGUUGAAGAUGCAUAUCAUCUCCCUACCUUGUAAUACUCCCCUCUCUUGGCUUUUGAAUCUCUUUUCAGGUUUAUUCCUCCCAGCUGCAGAGUUCAUCUCUCAGUCUCCUUUGCAUUCUCUUUUCUUCCAUUCCUUAAAUGUUAAUCUUCCUAAGGAUUUCUUGCAAGAUAUGACAUUCCUAAGUGCCUUGUCGGUGUUUUUAGUUUCAACCUAUUACCUAAAGACUCUCAAUAUAUAUCUCCAGCUUACCUCUAAGUCCCAUAUCUGUAUAACCACUUAUAAGGCAUCACCACCUGGAAAUCUCUUGAGCACAUCAAGUUCACUGUGCGCAGAUGUGAAUGCACGUCUCCCUGCCAAAACCUGUUCCUUCUUCUCAUUCUCUAUCUCAUCGAUCGGCGGUGCCAUCCACCUAGUCUCUCAAGCCAAAAGCAUAUGAGUCAUUCUAGAUUGUUAGGUGCCAUCUAGUCAAUUCCAACUCGUGGUGACCCUAUGUACAACAGAGCGAAACACUGGCCAGCCCUAUACCGUGUUCACAAUCGUUAUACUUAAGCCUAUUGUUGCAGCCACUGUGUCAAUCCAUCUCAUUGAGGGUCUUCCUCUUUUUUGCUGACCCUCUACUUUAGCAGGCAUGAUGUUCUUCUCCAGGGACUGAUCCCUCCUGAUAACGUGUCCAAAGUAUGUGAGACGUAUGUUGCCUGAUUAGGGUCUGUGCCCUGAAGCAGUUGAGCCAAUGAAAUGUACUGCAAGUCAGAAAGUGAGAAAGUUUAUUUAAAAAACGACAGCAAUGCAGGCUGUCUCUAUGGAGUCCCGAAAGGCAGUUUUACAUUAGAGCUUAUAUGUGAUUUUUACAAGGAUUAGAAAUGACUUUGUAGCACGCAGGGCAUGGCUGGAUGAGCUGUUCAUUACAAGAUAAUUACAAGAGACUCUUAACAGACUAAAGAGAUACAUGUUGGACAUCUCCAUAUCUCCAUGUGGGGGGUUGUAAGUCACAGGUGGCUGGACAUAACAAAACAAAGUCAUUAGCAUCAGAUUAAAACAAAGUCAUUAACAAAGGUAUGCUGAAAGGAGAAGGCAGGCAGAGAAAAAAAGAUUCAUCAUGGCAUUAAUUAUGGCAGCUCUCAACUGGCCAUUUUGAAAGGGAGAAAACAUGCUAGGGAGUAUUAGGGUCAUAUGUAGUCUCACCAUCCUUGCCUCUAAGGAGCACUCUGGUUGUGCUUCCAAGACAUAUUUGUUCUUCUGGCAGUCCAUGAUAUAUUCAGUGUUCUUCUCCAACACCACAAUUCAAAUGCAUCCUUGGUCUUCCUUAUUCAUUGUCCAGCUUUCACAUGCAUAUGAGGGAAUUGAAAACACCAUGGCUUGGGUCAGGUGCACCUUAGUCUUCGAGGUGACAUCUUUGCUUUUCAACCCUUUAAAGAGGUCUUUUGCAACAGAUUUACCCAAUGCAAUGCAUCUUCUGAUUUCUUGAUUGCUGCUUCCAUGGGCGUUGAUUGUGGACCCAAGUAAAAUGAAAUCCUUGACAACUUAAAUCUUUUCUCCCCUUAUCAUUAUGUUGCAUAUUGGUCCAGUUGUGAGGAUUUUUGUUUUCUUUAUGUUGAGGUGUAAUCCAUACUGAAGGCUGUGGUCUUUGAUCUUCAUCAGUAAGUGCUUCAAGUCCUCUUCACUUCUAGCAAGCACGGUUGUGUCAUCAGUGUAACACAGGUUGUUAAUGAGUCUUCCUCCAGUCUUGAUGCCCCAUUGUUCUUCAUAUAGUCCAUCUUCUCGGAUGAUUUGCUCAGCAUACAGAUUGAAUAAAAAUAGGUACUGCAUAACAUGUGUUGUUACCAAGUGACUUUCUUGUUUAACUAUCUUACUAGUUGAUUUUGAUUUUUAAAUAGCUCCUAAAUGUGUUCCCUUUUCUGUAGCCUCACUCCCAGCAUCCCAGGUCAAAUACUUAUUACCCAUGGCUUGGUCUUCUACUGGCCUGCUUACUGAAAUUUUGCCACAAGCCCUAACCCAUUCAGUCAUAUUUUUCUAAAUCAGAAGUCUAAUUGGAUAAUUUCCCUAACAGUAAUAUGUCACAAAAAGGAAGGGGUAAAGUUAUAACUAGUGUGCAAGGAGAGACAUAAAACCUGUAAAAAGAGAUGUGAUAUGCCCAUGAAAGUAGGUCAUAUGCACAUGUUAGCAUGUUGCAUGCAUAUGUAAAUAUCACCCAUGAAGGAAGAAAGGUUGUUAAGAACUGAGGCCCUAUAGCAUGUAAUCUUAACAUGAUAUAUAAGAUCCAUUACUAUCUAGUACUCCUCCCUUCCCUCUCUAGUCUAGUUACAACUCCGACAACACUGAACUACUUAUAGUUCACUGAAACACGAACAAGUCUCGUGCGUCCAUGAGUUGUUCUCUGUAAUUGGACACCCCCAUCUCCCAUGUAGUGUCAGUUCAAGCUUACCUUCCUCCUCUAUUGAUGACUCCCUUCACUUGCCACAAUGCAUCUUUAUUUUUACAGACACACACCCACACACACACAUAUAUAUAUAUAUUCAUUAGAGCUAUUACAGGAAGACUUGGUGGUGCAGUGGUUAAAGUGCUUGGCUGCUAAUCAAAAGGUCAGCAGUUUGAACCAACCAAUGGCUCUGUGGGAGAAAAGACCAGGUGAUCUGCUCACAUAAAGAUUACAGCCUAGGAAACCUUAUGGGGCAGUUCCACGCUGUCAUAGGGUCACUAUGAGUUGGAAUCAACUCGACGGCAAACAACAAGAGAUCUAAAAUAAAUCUGUAUUCAUGAAGAGUGACUGCAUAAAAACCAUAGUAUGCCAAGAAAGAAAAAAAGAUCCAGUUGAAAUGUUUUGCUCUGGACAGCUGGUAAAAGUCUGUGCCCCAAUGGUUCGAUAUUCGAAGUUGGCUUUUAGAACACUAGUAAGAAAAUACAAUUGUGAUCUGUGUUAUACACCAAUGAUAGUUGCUGCUGAUUUUGUCAGAUCUUUAAAAGCCAGAGACAGUGAAUUUACCACAAAUCAAGGUGAUUGCCCAUUGAUUGUUCAGUUUGCUGCUAAUGAUGCAAGACUGUUAUCUGAUGCUGCUCGUAUAGUCUGUCCUUAUGCGAAUGGAAUAGACAUUAACUGUGGUUGCCCUCAGAGGUGGGCAAUGGCAGAAGGUUAUGGGGCUUGCUUAAUCAAUAAGCCAGAGCUUGUUCAAGAUAUGGUGAAACAAGUAAAAAAUGAAGUGGAAAACCCCAGAUUUUCAAUAUCUAUUAAAAUAAGGAUUCAUGGUGACCUGACGAGAACUGUAGAUCUUUGUAGGAAGGCUGAAGCAACGGGAGUUUCUUGGAUUACAGUCCACGGAAGAACGGUUGAAGAAAGACAUCAACCAGUCCACUAUGAUGCCAUUAAGAUAAUUAAAGAAAAUAUGUCUAUUCCUGUCAUUGCUAAUGGAGACAUCAAAACCUUAAAAGAAGCAGAAAAUGUAUGGCAAAUUACUGGGACAAAUGGUGUGAUGGUUGCAAGAGGACUCUUAGCAAACCCGGCCAUGUUUGCUGGAUACGAGGAAACCCCACUGAAAUGCAUCUGGGACUGGGUUGACAUUGCACUUGAACUUGGAACUCCUUAUAUGUGUUUCCAUCAGCAUUUAAUGUAUAUGAUGGAAAAGAUAACUUCGAAGCAGGAAAAAAGAGUAUUUAAUGCUUUGUCAAGCACAUCAGCAGUGUUAGAUUACCUUACAGACCAUUAUGGCAUUUGACCCCUUUUUAAAUUAUUUUAAAUUUUAUACUUAAAAUGAAACCACACAAUCUUGGUUUUUACUUUAAAUCAGUGGCUCUUGAAAUUUAGUAUAAAAACAAUCCCUUGGGGAACGUUUUUAAAAAUCUGUCCUAAACCCCAUUUGCACCACCCAGAGACUCUACACCUCGGGUAGUUCAGUGGUGGACCCAAGAAUUUACAAGUUUAAAGAAGACACCAGCUGGUUCAAACAUCUUGGUCGUCCUGGGUCCAAACAUUGACAAAACACUGCCCUGGAUCCUACUGUGGAUUGGAAAAAAAGAAAAUUUUCACGAAGAAAUGUUUCUAACAUUUUAAAUAAAACCUUUUAACACUGAGAAAAUAUGACUCACAUGGUAUCUGUAAAUUAACAAGAAGUAUGUUUUUAGUGAAAAUAAGUGCAGAGAAGUGGUAAAACAAAUGCCAACAUCCAUAUAAAAUGGAAAGGAACAGAAAUUCUGUAUAGGAUUGCGAUCAAGGCUUAGAUUAAAAAUUCAAAUUGGAAAAUCGAACUAGUACUUUCUAAUUGAAUUGGAAACCUCAAGAUGUUUGUUUUAAAUUGUGUGUAACAGAAUUUAGUUAGACAUGAUGCUUUCUAUCAUUUAAAACUAAGAUUCCAUUGAACUCUUAAAAUGACAUUAGGUUUUUUAUAUUUCAAGCUUUACUGAUCAUUAGAAGAGUGAGAGCUUGAUAAAUACAACCGUAUCUGAAAUGCUGAAGUUAAUUGCAGUCCCCACAUUUUAAGUAGAAAGUUUGGUAGCUAAUCUGAAGGUGAUUAUAUACUUGAGAUAAUAUUUCCUAGAGAAUAGUAACAAGGUUUUAUUUUUAAUAUAAAAAUACCCCAUUUUUAGUGAUGUUAUUUUUGUGCCUCCCAGCAAUUGAUAAUAAAUUUAACUUUAAAGUUCCAUGAUUUGAAAAUGUUACUAAUAGUAUUUUAUUAGUGAAUGUGCCAUUGUAAGAAUUAAGUAUCCCCAGCAGAAAUACAGUUCCAUAAUUAAUAUUGUUCUAUAUUACCAACAUGGAAACAGUUAUGAGACAAUUAUCUAAAAUUGCUUAUUAAAUGGGAUAUUAAUUGAAUCAAUCUUAACAUAAGCGCUGUCCUUAGUUUUUUCUUAAGAACAUUUAUUGGGCUUUCACUUUUCAACUGAUGCAUUUUUAAAAAUAAACUUGCAUUUUCACUUCAUAUGACCAUGGUCAAAGCUUAGUCAUUUUUAUGUUUGUAAAUUAACGCUGGAGAUAAUUAUACUAAACUUGUGAGCACAGCGGCAUCAUUAGAGUAAGCUGCACAGUGUUUUGGAAGGGCAACAAGUUAUUACGUGUUUGUUUUUAAUUCUGCAUGAUUAUAUUCAAAGUCCUCUUUUUCUUUCU